AUGCCGAGGUACUCGCUUAAGUCGCAGACGGACAUGGUUGUUGCUUGUUGUGUUUUACAUAAUUUUAUACCGAUGCAUCAAGAAAAGAAUACGACACCGGCGGCGUGGUUACAGCCCGAUUUUAUUCCCCAACAUGAUGCGGAUGAUAUGACGUUCCCGUUUAUGGAUAGAAUGGGUCCGUCGACAGCUGGCGAACAGGAGCAAUGUACAUUGCGUGAUAGAAUUGCAACAGCUCUCUGGGAAGAUCAUGUGAACCGAAAUCGUAUAUGUGUUUGUGCACGUGUGCCUCGGGUGAUUCCUUCUGCGGAGGAGAGCUUCACAACCGGGGUCAGGCUGAGGCUUUCUUUUUGUGACAUACAACCUGGGGAUAUGGCCGACGAAACGUGGUUGCCGGUCUUCACCACCACCGAGCCGAGACUCACAGCGGGUGCCGGAAAGAAAGACUCGCAGGGAGACUUCGUGUCUCUUCGUUUUCCGGGCUGAUUUUGGCCAUUGAAAGGGGGAUUCAACUAUUUCGCCCAUUAUCUUUAUCCCAGCAUUUGUUGUUAUUUAAUUUCCCUUUUAUUCAGCUGCUAUUGACUGAAAAUCUCUUUGUGGUUGAUUUACGCUCUAAUCGGAUGCGUAAAGGGAGCAUUGGAUUUAGCCCGGGGUUGUUCGAGAGUUGUCUGAGAGGCACAUGUGACAGGAAGCACCUUGUACAGAACUUGACGGGCUGAUGAGCCUGGAAGAGAGCUUCCGCUGGU